AUGCAAAUUUCCUGUGCUUUUACCGGACUUAGAUCCUUCAAUAAUAAAAGACAUCAAAUCACAAAUUACAAUUUUGUUAAAAAAUUCCAUCCGAGGUCAUAUUUCACGAGUAACCAUGUAUUAUGCGAGGCAACAAAUGUUCUAUCGACCACUACGCCUGUUGUGACGUCUACAAAUUUAUGGCGAACCGGUUCUUGCAAUUCAAAUGCAACCAAUACAUUCUCGUAUCUCUUCGACCACGAACGAAGAAAAGUUUCUUAUGGAAACCUCUCUCAACGACAACAGCAUCAAAUUAACACGUGCGCUUCGGCUUCGUAUGAACGUAUUCUUGCGCCUUGGAAUCGUAAUAGUAUUAACAAACGAAAGAACAAUCUGAGAUCUAGAGCGAUUAAGGUGGUGACUCAAAAUCAAUUCUUGAGUGUGAACCUAAAUUUUUGCAAGCUAUCGUUAAGGAGGCGGCAGCAGUUGAACAGCCUUGCGCCAAUUUGUAAAAGUCAUUUACUGGCACUAGAGAUUGGCUGCAAACAUUACAGUGAUCUUUUCUUGUUUGUUAAUUUACGGCUUAAGAAUAAUGCGGCGCACUUUUCCUCGAAGACUUCAGGAGAUAACAAAGAUUCCUCAAAACAUGAUAAAGAGGUUAAUAAAGAAAGUCCUACAUCUCAACAGACAAAUGUAGAACCUAUA